AUGACCACCACCAUCCGCCAGUUCACCUCCUCCAGCUCCAUCAAGGGCUCCUCCGGCCUGGGGGGCUCGUCCCGUACCUCCUGUCGGCUGUCGGGCAGCCUGGGCGCCGGCUCCUGCAGGCUGGGGUCUGCAGGCGGCCUGGCAGGCGCCCUGGGGAGCAGCAACUACUCCAGCUGCUACAGCUUCGGCUCGGGCGGCAGCUAUGGCGGCAGCUUUGGUGGCGGAGAUGGCCUGCUGGCCGGUGGCGAGAAGGCCACCAUGCAGAACCUCAACGACCGCCUGGCCUCCUACCUGGACAAGGUGCGCGCCCUGGAGGAGGCCAACACCGAGCUGGAGGUGAAGAUCCGGGACUGGUACCAGAAGCGGGCUCCAGGGCCCGCCCCUGACUACAGCCACUACUGGAAGACCAUCGAGGACCUGAAGAACAAGAUCCUCACGGCCACUGUGGACAACGCCAACAUUCUGCUGCAGAUCGACAACGCUCGUCUGGCCGCUGAUGACUUCCGCACCAAGUUUGAGACGGAGCAGGCCCUGCGCCUGAGCGUGGAGGCUGACAUCAACGGGCUGCGCAGGGUGCUGGACGAGCUGACCCUGGCCAGAGCCGACCUGGAGAUGCAGAUUGAGAAUCUCAAGGAGGAGCUGGCCUACAUGAAGAAGAACCAUGAGGAGGAGAUGAACUCCCUGCGAGGCCAGGUGGGCGGCGAGAUCAACGUGGAGAUGGACGCCGCCCCUGGUGUGGACCUGAGCCGCAUCCUGUCUGAGAUGCGUGACCAGUAUGAGAAGAUGGCGGAGAAGAACCGCAAGGAUGCCGAGGACUGGUUCUUCACCAAGACGGAGGAGCUGAACCGCGAGGUGGCCACCAACAGCGAGCUGCUGCAGAGCGGCAAGAGCGAGAUCUCAGAGCUGCGGCGCUCCAUGCAGGCCUUGGAGAUCGAGCUGCAGUCCCAGCUCAGCAUGAAAGCAUCCCUGGAGGGCAGCCUGGCGGAGACAGAGAACCGCUACUGCGUGCAGCUGUCCCAGAUCCAGGGGCUGAUCGGCGGCGUGGAGGAGCAGCUGGCACAGCUGCGCUGUGAUAUGGAGCAGCAGAACCAGGAGUACAGGAUCCUGCUCGACGUGAAGACCCGGCUGGAGCAGGAGAUCGCCACCUACCGCCGCCUGCUGGAGGGCGAGGACGCCCACCUGACUCAGUACAAGCCAAAAGAACCCGUGACCACCCGCCAGGUGCGCACCAUUGUGGAAGAGGUCCAGGACGGCAAGGUCAUCUCCUCCCGCGAGCAGGUGCAUCAGACCACCCGCUAA